AAAUAAACAAACCCUAAAUCCCCAAUUUCCAAAGUUAACACUACACUUUUUCCCCCGCUCUCUUCUCAGUGAUCGUCCCCACCACGCUCCUCAAUUUCGAUGUCGACCUAUUAAUGCUUGAUCAAAUACCUGGAAACCACACGCAUGAAGUUUCUCUUCUUCUCUCGCUAGACCUUGAAGAUUUCGGAUUAUGGGUUGCUUUUCGGGUUGCUUCGGUGGUCGGAAAAAUCGCCGGCGUCAGAGACGCAGAGAAUCCGAUCAAGCUAGAGAUAACAAACUCGCUGCGGAAUCUGCAAAACUUGAUGAUAGAGUCCACACUGUUGACGAAAUCCCGAAAUCUUCUGUGAUUCCAAUUACCGAGAUUUGUGACGAGGCUGAAGAGAAAUGCAGUCCAAGCUCUAUUACUAGGAAGAGAGUCACUUUUGACUCCAAAGUCAAAACCUAUGAACAUGUUGUUUCAGAAGAAUCUGUUGAACUCUCAGAAGAGAAGAACGAAGAGGUUGAAUCCGAAAAGAGGUCACUGAAGUCAAGCAAGACUGAUGAUCAGUCUUCUUCUGAGAUCAUUGAGGUUGCCUCAAACUCCUCAGGGUCGUAUCCUUCAAACCACAGAUACAAGAAUUGCAGAGAAAGUGAUGAUGACAUAGAGGAGGAUGAUUUUGACUGCAGUGACAGCGAUCUAGAUGAAGAUGAAGAGUAUUACAGUGAUAUUGGAUUUAGUGAGGAUAGCUUGCAUAUCCCAACCAAAAAGGUUUGUACUGAAGAGAUUGGGGAUAAAACAGAGGAGACUGAUGCAAAGCUGAGAAGGUCUAACGAGAGUGUUAGAGAUGGAAACCACUAUGAUGGCCAAGGAGUACUUAACCCGGUUGAGAAUCUCACUCAGUGGAAAUCCGCUAAAUCCAAAGGGAGAACAAUGCAGAAACAGUCUCAAAAGGAGAACUCUAACUUCAUUGCAGAUCAAGAAGAAAGAAGGGAUUCCUCUUCUUUUGGCACAGACUCUCAGAUUGAUGAUAUAACACUCAGCUUCAAACCAAAAUGCAGAACUGAACCCAAGAAACUGAGAAACCAAGAACUGGCCGUUGAUGCUAGCCUUUCAACAUGGUUGUCAACAUCUGAGUCCGGUAGCGAAUGCAACAGCGUCUCUAGGUAUACCUCUACACCCGAGAAACACAAGUCUAGCUGCUACUCAAAACCGGUUAAAAUCAACCAUGACGAUAGACCUGUACUAUGCGCAUUGACAUUGGAGGAUAUCAAACAGUUCUCGGCUACAUCUACGCCAAGGAAAUCACCGAGCAAAAGCCCUGAUGAGACACCUAUUAUAGGCACAGUUGGUGGUUACUGGGGUAAUUACUCAAAGGCAAUAGAUUGCGGCUCUGCAUCUUCAUUCAAGGGAAUACCAAACACCACCAGCAAGUACAGAGAGGAUAAGAGCGUAAAUUGGCAUUCAACUCCAUUUGAGGCAAGACUGGAGAAAGCUUUGAACAACAUAGACAAAUAAUGGCGACAUAGUAGAUGGAGUUAGGGAGCUUGAAGGUUCUCUUAGGAAGAGGACAGCCUGCAAAGCUGCUCCAUUGGUCUCCCAUCACUCCCCAAACUCUGUAACCAAGACUCAUCAGCCAUGUUCUCUUUUCUGACUUGUAUUGUUUCACUUCCUUUUGCUCAUCUUCUAGCCCCCUGCAUUGUUCAGUUUUCUUGUUAGAGUAAAAAAGAAACACUAGAGGGGUGUACAACAUCGGUUUUUUGCUCACUUAAGAGUGAAUCUAUUAAAACUACUCAAGGUAUUGGAGUGGACAAAUUUGAUCUUCGAUU